AGUCUUGUGUAAACAUGGGACAGAGCGACCCGAACGUCUUAGCGCGAGACGCUGUUGGAGGUUCUGAAGAAUUUCUCUCAGAUUCAGAGCGAAGGGAGCAGAGCGGGACAGUGAUGGGCAGCUCCAGCCCCGCAGGUGGCGCUGCAGGAUGGGAGAAGGAAGGGUCGCGUAGAGAGAAACCGGAUACUUAAUAUUGAGAGGCGGGGAAAAUACAGAAGACUCGGCGGAGGGGGGGGGGGAGACAAGUACGUGCGUACGUGCGCACGCGACUGCCUUUGUGUGUCUCGCGAGAAAGGGAACGCUCUCCGAGAUCUAAAUAAACGAAGGCUCGUUUGCUCGGCGGGAGGCGGGAGACGGAAGCGACUUGGGCCUCCCGAUCCCUGAUCUCUCCGGAUUGGCUUUCGCGGCUGCACACGCGCGGUUGUUCCACGGCCGGGAGUCUGGGCAGCGAUGGCGACCUUUGUGAGCGAGCUGGAGGCGGCCAAGAAGAACCUGAGCGAGGCGCUGGGCGACAACGUGAAGCAAUAUUGGGCUAACCUGAAAUUGUGGUUCAAACAGAAGAUCAGCAAAGAAGAAUUUGACUUGGAAGCUCAUCGACUCCUCACACAGGAAAAUGUACAUUCCCACAAUGAUUUCCUCUUGGCUAUUCUCACUCGUUGUCAGAUUUUGGUUUCUGCACCUGAGGGUGCUGGGUCUUUACCCUGGACAGGAGGUUCUGCAGCUAAACCUGGAAAGCCCAAAGGAAAGAAAAAACUUUCUUCAGUUCGACAGAAAUUUGAUCAUAGAUUCCAGCCUCAGAAUCCACUGUCAGGAGCCCAGCAGUUUGUGGCAAAGGAUCCACAGGACGAUGAUGAUUUGAAACUUUGUUCUCAUACAAUGAUGCUUCCUACUCGGGGCCAACUGGAAGGGAGAAUGAUAGUAACUGCGUAUGAGCAUGGGCUGGACAAUGUCACCGAAGAGGCAGUGACUGCUGUUGUAUAUGCAGUGGAGAAUCAUCUUAAAGAUAUUCUGACGUCUGUGGUAUCAAGAAGAAAAGCUUACCUAUUACGGGAUGGUCAUUUUAAAUAUGCAUUUGGUAGUAACGUGAAUCCACAGCCUUACCUAAAGAAUAGUGUAAUAGCAUACAAUAAUUUAAUUGAAUGCCCUCCAGCAUAUUCUGUUCCUUCUGCUGGUCAGAAUCCAGCUUCCCACCCACCUCCUGAUGAUGCUGAGCAGCAGGCAGCUCUCCUGCUAGCUUGUUCAGGGGAUACUUUACCAGCUUCGCUGCCUCCUGUAAACAUGUAUGACCUUUUUGAAGCUUUACAGGUGCACAGAGAAGUGAUUCCCACACAUACAGUAUAUGCCCUGAACAUUGAAAGGAUCAUCAUGAAACUCUGGCAUCCAAAUCAUGAAGAGCUUCAACAGGAUAAAAUUCAUCGGCAACGUUUGGCAACUAGGGAGGGGCUGCUCCUUUGCUGAUGUAGCAGUUGAGUUCUGAGGGCUGAACUUUUAAGCAAACUAAUGUCUAAGUAUUGGAUUUUUUGUGUCUACAUUUCAAGGAUGAAAUGUGCAAUGCAUAACCACUUCCUAUGGAAAUGACUGAUGUUUAAUGUAUUUAUGUGCUACUAUGAAGCCAUAACAUAAACUUGACCUUUGUUAAUGAUCCAUCUCUUCCUGAUACCAUCCUCUACUCCUAAUCCCCUUGUCCAAAGUAGAUCCUGUUUCUUUUAUUUGAUUCAAAGCCGAUUGAUUUGUUUGAGAAAUUUAGUACCAGGGACUAGCUGGAAUUUGCCUUGGGCCCUGCAGGUAUCUUGCUGGGUUUGUGUGAGUGUCUUAGAAAAGCUUUUAUGUAUCCUCUUUUCUAUGAUCAAGAAAAGUCCAGGUGUUGAGUGAAGGACUGUUGAUCUACAUUCCAGCAGAGACAAUGUAGGCAUUUUCAGAAAUGCAAAAAAACACUUCAGUGUUAUAUUUAAGUGAUGUAAAUAGUCCCAUAAUAACCCAGUUAUUUCAGCUCCAUAGAACCACAAUUCAAUAUUACUGCAGAUGGCUACAUGCUUUUUCUUUGCAUUAAAAAAUCUGGUUCAGGAAUGCAAUAAUAAACAUGAAAUUACUUCCAUAAUUAACAUUUCUCUAUGGAGAAGUCUUCUUGCCAAGUCCUUAGGUAGGACCACCAUUUUGCCACACCCACAAAUUAUCUGUGUUUAGAAGUUGGAUCUUCUCAAUUUAAAGUCACCUAACUAUAGUUAGAAUUGUUUUUGGUUGUAUUUUUAAUGCCACCUGGAAACUGAUAUUGCUAACAACUGAAGUGCUGUAGUUAAAAUCAGUUAUAUCAGUUAAAUACAGUUAAAAUCAGUUAAAAUACAGCUAUAUUCCUAUACAUGUACAUAUAUUAUCUAUAAAUGUUCCUUUAGUGAAGUAGUUUUAUUCUUUGUUGUUAUAAACUGGGACUUGAAAAAUAAAUUCUUAAAAAAAAAAUUACAUGGCAAAUAUUGCCUUCCAUGGGAUGGAUAUUACAUGUUAAAGAAUUCUAAAAAUCAUAUAUGACAAGGUUUUGUGAAGCUCAAAAGUAAUGCUAUGUUUCAGGACAAUCUAUUCAAAGUGAAUUUUAAAAGUACCAGUAUGAAAAGCCCUUUUCAGAACACUCCAUUUAUGGGGUUUAAAAGGGAUUUUUUGUUAUUUUAUUUUGAACUGAUCCAUCUAAACCUUUUUCUGUUUAGCUAAGACUGAACAAAAGUUAAUUUUUCUUUUCAGUAUUGUAGUACUUCCGUUCGUGGUUAGCAGAGUUAAAAACCUUGUUUAAGAGAUUUCUGAUUUAUUCUGAGGGUAGUAUUUGGCUUGUUUUAGGACUAGACACUUGAUGGAUAAUGGGAAGAGGCAGAACUCUAGAUCUCUGUGUCAGUGGGAGCACCAUGCACAGAUGGGUUUUUACAGACUAUUAUUAAACUGGCUCACUGAUUAUUUCUCAGUUUUUUCACCAACAUUUACAAAAAACAAUUUUGAAUGCUUCUGCUAAUAAUCAAGUCAGUUGUCAUCCUGAGAAACACUCUUGUUAUGGGCUAAAUUUUAUACAUAGCUGUUUUUGGAAGGCCCCCAUUUGGUUACCAAAUUAAAUUUUGACAUAAUUAUUUUAUUUCUUCCCUCACAUCCAGAAAUCCCAUCUAAGCCACGUGUUAAUAACGUCUCUCCUUUAUGGCUAUGUGAUAGAACCAUCAAUCCAGGAAGUGAAUAAAAUGUAAAGUGCAGUAAGAUGUAGGGUCCUGAAGAGGAGACGACAAAACUUUAAAGUAUAAUAGAACCACCAGAAUCUUUAUUUUUAUUAUCAAAUUUUAUUGUUGGGGUUAAUUUCUACCUACCUUCUAUUUCAGCUAUCUUUGAUUCUGAGUCCAGGAAAACAAAUAUGUGCUACAGUCAUUAUAAGUAAUAGUUCUGUAAAAGUAUUGGGGCUUUGAGGCAUAGAUCAUAAUUAAAUCAGUGGAAGAACAUGUGAGCCCCGGAAAACCCUGACAUUAGAACUGUUACUUUAGGAGAAUUCUAUGGUAUGGUGCACCCUGUCAGAUGCAGAUGAGAGGCAGUGUGGUGUAGAGAGCUGGCCAAUUGUGGCUGUGCGACCUGGGCAAGUCACUCUUUGAGAUCUGCACUGGCAAAGAGAGCUACUCUGGGGGCAAUCCCCUGCACCAGGGAAAUCAUAACUUUGGAACAACCACCACCAAAAGAUGCAAAUGAAGAAAUGGAAGGGAUUGUUCACAGAAUGAAACAAGUGCUGAUUAAUUCACUGCCCAGCUUUCCCAGUGGAAAAAAAAUUAGCUAACCUCUAACCCAUGAUCCUGAAAUUUAGGUCACAAAAUUCUUGAACCCUCCCAGUACAAGAUAACCUCUCAAUUACAGAUGAUUUAGGGUAACAUAAAGUGUGUGGGGGGAAUAAGGGACAAGACUAGCUAAGAUUGGAAGGGACAUGUGGAAGAGAUUGGAACUGGAAGCCAGUUCAAGUAACAGAGUUAAGGGGAAUGUAGAGUUAUUCUAGGGGAGAGAA